AGAAGGUGGUCAAGUCUACCAGAAACAGCAGCCGUAUCCAUAGCGCUCGACGUUCCCAAAUCCCGUACCCCAAACAACCACAACGGAACCGUGUGAUCCCGUCUGCGAUCCAACCGAAGGAAGAACUCCCUUCUGUCGGCCCGGGUGACAUGAAGGAUAAGAAAUCGAUGUGGCACCCCACGAAUAUCGCCAUAUCGUUGAACAGACAUAAUCUUAGCAUUCACCGCACGACGACUAUCGAACAAGCUUUCGCAAAAUGUUCGUACAGAGAAAACUCGGUACGGCCGAGAGUCCAAAAAUUCAGCGUAAAAAGCGUCUGCCGAUGUGAGGCUUGCGAUUCUACUCAUAAGAGAAGGGCGAAUGGACGGGACAGUUGUGGAUGAAGUGGAUAAUGCUGAUAAUGAGAUGGAAGAACGGGAAAAGGAGUUGCUGAGUCGACUGCGAAGCGAUGGUGCUUUUAUGGAGAACGCAUCAUUGUCGGGAGGGGGUUCGAGCGAAGGCUCGAUGCCCUCAUCAAGUUCGAAGAGGAAAUCGUCAAUGGAAUCCGGUUGUGGAAACGAGGGAGAGGGGAUGUCGGCAGGGGUUGAAGAGGUUGAGCUAGAAGCUACAAUGGUAUCCGGGUCAUUAGAAGAGUCUCCAGCAUUGGUGUGCGCGGACAGCGAUGAAGUGGAGACCAUUUCGAUGGCAUCCACCGCAUUUUCACCUGUAUUCCUAGUCCCAGGAAAGUUUCGGAAGCCUGGUGUUGUUGCGGCAGGAGUGGCAGGGGUCGGGGUUGGAUUUGGAAGACCCAUGUCUCUGGAUGGUGGCUAGAUGACUAGGGAACGCUGAAUGAUCUUUUGGGACUUCCCCCAAGUUGCGAGGUGUUGCAAUAUCCAAAAGUCCUCUAUAUUAUCGGCCACAGUAGGGGAGAUCGGUGGCGUCUACAGAGGACAGAGAGGCGAGGAUGCGAGAUGUUGGGGACAGCACAUUCAGGAAACGGAAAGAUUCCUCAUGUGCUAGGGAUCGAUGCGGCCAACUCCGAUGCCCUUGGCGCUCCCACGAGCAGCCUAGACCAGAAAAGCUUUG